ACACCUUUAAAUUGUGGGGAAAGCCACCGCCAUUGUUACAGACCACUCUGGAGCUUCAGAAAUCUUGAAACCCUUGCGCCAUAUCAGAGAUGUUGCAGCCAAAGAAUCCAUCCAAGUUUGAUUCGGUAGCUCUUGUGAUCUGCUUCCUACCAUGCCUGUUCCUCGCUUUCGGAAGAUCCGGAGCUCAAGCUACUACUCCUCUAUCUGAAGUGGCGGCACUGAACGUGAUCCUGGGGCGGUGGGGGAGGACGGCUUCGGCGACGUCGUCGCCGGCGUGGAACAUCAGCGGCGAGCCCUGCAGCGGCGCCGCCAUCGACUCCACCAGUUUCGAUAGCACCGCCUUCAAUCCUGCCGUCAAAUGCGAUUGCUCCUACGACAACGCCACAACCUGCCACAUCACUCAGUUGAAAGUGUACGCCCUCGAUGUGGUGGGCAGAAUCCCGGCCGAGCUGCAAAAUUUGACGUACCUCACCAACUUGCAUUUGGCUCAAAACUAUUUGACGGGUCCCUUUCCUGCAUUCAUUGGGAACUUGACCGGCCUACAAUACUUGUCAGUGGGUACUAAUGCACUAUCAGGAGGCAUACCAAAGGAACUCGGCAAGCUCACCAACCUUCUCUCCCUGAGUAUUGCUACAAAUAACUUCAGUGGCCCGCUCCCUCUUGAGCUUGGAAACCUGACUAAAUUGCAGCAAUUGUAUGUGAGUAGCUGUGGGGCAAGUGGUGAGUUCCCAUCAACUAUAUCAGGACUAAAAAAUUUGAAGACCUUGUGGCUAAUUAACAAUAAUUUCACUGGCAAAAUACCAGACUUCAGCAGGACUAAUAUAACCUCAUUGAGAAUGCAAGGAAACUCUUUCGAGGGGCCAAUCCCAUCAGGUCUUUCCAGGAUGACCAAUAUGGUAGACUUAAGGAUAAGUGACAUACAAAAGGGGAGCUCAUCGUUAGCUUUUAUUAGUAAUCUGACAUCAUUAAGCACCUUGAUCUUAAGGAAUUGCAAGAUAUCAGAUAUUAUUCCCUCAAACUUUUCACAAUACACCAGUUUGCAGAAACUGGAUUUGAGCUUCAACAAUCUUAUGGGACAACUUCCUCAGUCUCUCUUCAAUUUGAACUUGCUUAGUCACUUAUUCCUUGGAAAUAAUAAUCUAUCUGGUAGCUUGCCCGCUAACAAGAGCGUGACACUUCUUAACAUAGAUCUAUCUUAUAAUCAACUGGCAGGAAGUUUUCCUUCUUGGGCUAGCCAACAAAAUCUGAAACUGAACUUGGUGGCCAACAACUUUGUAAUUGGAAGUUCUAACAGCAGUGUUUUGCCUUCAGGAUUGAAUUGUCUCCAACGAGAUAUACCGUGCAAUCGUGGGGCACCAAUUUAUUCUUCAUUUGCAGUAAAGUGUGGUGGUAAUAAAACUAUAACAGCUUCCGAUGGAACUUUGUAUGAAAUUGACAACCAGAUUCUAACUACUGCUUCUUAUUAUGUGACUGAGACAAACAAGUGGGCAGUUAGUACUGUUGGAAGCUUUUCAGAUGCCUCAAAUGCUGACUAUAUUCUAUACAGUUCAUCCCAAUUCACAAAUACUCUAGAAUCAGAGUUAUAUCAGACUGCAAGGAUAUCUCCCUCAUCACUGAGAUACUAUGGGCUCGGGCUUCAGAAUGGAAAUUAUACUGUUAAGUUGCAUUUUGCUGAGACGCAGAUACUUGAUCCACCUACUUGGAAAAGUAAUGGAAGAAGAAUUUUUGAUAUUUAUAUUCAGGGUAAACUUUUUGAUGGAAGGACUGUGGCCGUGAAGCAACUUUCAGCAGCAUCCAAUCAGGGAAAGCGUCAGUUCAUGACAGAAAUUGCAAUUAUAUCUUCUGUUCAGCAUAGAAAUCUGGUGAAACUAUAUGGAUGUUGUGUUGAGGGAGGCAAGCGACUUGUGGUCUAUGAGUACCUGGAAAACAAGAGCCUCGAUCAGGCAAUCUUUGGUAAGAACAAUUUGCACCUUGAUUGGCCCAUUCGCUUUGAGAUAUGUUUGGGGAUUGCAAGAGCUCUGGCGUAUCUUCAUGAGGAAUCAAGAGUGCGAAUCGUACACAGAGAUGUCAAAGCUAGCAACAUUCUCCUUGAUGCCAAUUUAAACCCUAAAAUAUCAGAUUUCGGGCUGGCGAAGCUUUAUGAUGAUAAUAAAACACACAUCAGCACUAGAGUUGCUGGUACAAUAGGAUAUCUUGCACCGGAAUAUGCCAUGAGAGGGCAUCUCACAGAAAAAGCUGAUGUUUUUGCAUUUGGAGUUGUAGCUCUGGAGGUUCUUUCUGGAAGGUCCAAUGCAGAUCAGACCCUUAAAAAUGAGAAAGUUUAUCUUCUUGAAUGGGCCUGGAAUCUACGUGAGAAACAGUGUGAACUGGAAUUGGUGGACCCAAAAUUAUUAACAUUUGAUGAAGCACAAGCAAUCCGCGUUAUCAAUGUAGCUUUGUUGUGCACCCAAGCCUCACCAAUGUUACGCCCAUCGAUGUCGAGAAUUGUGGCCAUGUUAACAGGGGAUAUUGAGGUAAGUGAAGUGAAGUCAAGACCUGGUUACCUGACGGAUUGGCAAUACAACGACUUGAGCAGCAACUUCGCCAGUUGUGGACUUUCUGAACCCGUCAUCUCAGGAUCUGAGAAUGAGAGGUUCAGCACAGUAUCAAGCACAAGCAUGGUGCAUAACAUAGGAAGCUCAGCUUCACCCACACUACCGAUGCUAGAAGUUAUUGGUGAUGGAAGGUAGCCAUUGCUUCACAUCACUUUUCACUUUGCUGCCUAAUUGCUACGGGCAAUUUAGACCUUCUCAACAGUUAAAGCACGAGGCAUUAUGCAAGCAACAAGAGUUUGCCAUUUUGAAUUGAUUCAACACCAUGCUGAAAUAUCUCUGGUAUGAAAAAUGGUUUUGUGAUUAAGGGAAUUUUGAAGGUGUGAAUAUUUGGUCCUACAGAUGAUCAGUGAAAUUGAAAAUGUUCUAAAUUUGAAACUUAGCACUCUUCUAGUUUGCAAGAAUAA